AUGAUUGUAGAAGAUAUGCAACCAUUAUCAAUCGUAGAGAACAGUGGAUUCCGGAAACUUGUUAAUUUACUUGAUUCACGUUAUAAGCUGCCUAGCCGUAAGCUUAUUGAAAAAACGCUUAUACCAAAUUUGUAUGAAUCUACUCGUAAGAUGAUUGAUGAUAUUUUGUCUCAAACAAAAUAUGUAUCACUUACAUCAGACAUAUUUUGGACUUCAUUAAAUAUAGUAUCUUUUAUAACUGUGACUGUACAUUUUUUUGACAUCAAUCUUAAUUUGAAAACAUAUGUUUUAACUACAAGAAAACUAGAAUCUAGUCAUACAGCGCAGUACUUAUCUGAAGCAGCAAUAAAAUUAUUUAAAAUUGAUUACAUCCCAUGUGCAACUCAUAAAUUGAACAAUGCUGUGAAAAAUGCAUUAAGAAGUGAAUUUGAAGAAAGUGACAUUGACACUAAUCAAACUGAAGAAAUAGAAAUGAUGAAACUAGUUAAAAUGUGUUGUUCUAUUGUUGGACAUUUCAAGCACAGUGAGAUAUCAACUAGAACUCUUCAUGAGAAACAGAAACAACUUAAUUCUCCUGUUUUAAAACUAAAACAAGACAUAGCAAUUCGUUGGAAUAGUACACUUAUUAUGAUGGAACGUUUGCUAAUAGUUAAAGAACCUCUGAUGUUAGUUUCAAUGGGCUUAUCACGAUGUCCUUACAUGCCAACAAAUGAACAGUGGCAAGCCAUUAAUGAUUUUGUUAUACUUUUGAAACCUUUUGAAAGCUUAACAAUACAACUAUCUUCAGAACAACGACCCACCUAG